AUGAAAUCUCGAUGGACCUUCAUCCAAGCCAUGAAGGGUGAACUUCCUUCCCCACUGCUGAAUGUGGAUCCGUUGUCUCAGGUGGUGAAGGAAGGUGACCCUUUGGUCUUCCUCUGCUCAGUGGAAGGAGGCAACGCAGAGAAGGUCUUCCAUUUCUACAAGGAUGGGAUGGAGAUCUCCCCCAGGGAAGAAGGUCUUCUGGAACCCUCCAGUGAACCCACAGAUCGUGUUCAAAUUGCCUCUUUGAGAAUCCUAUAUGCCUCGUUCAACCUCAGAGGGGAAUUUGCUUGCCAUUAUGAAGAACGAAGAAGCAACCGAUGGCUCAUGUCUUCUUGGAGCCAGGGGAUAAACAUGACAGUCAUACCAGUUUGGACCCAAGGUUUAUAUUCUGUUUGGAGAUAUGCCCGGAGAUGGAUUCUUUUUCUAAUUCUGCUGGUUCCAAUUGCCUUUUAUUGCUGGAAGCAAAAGAGCACAUCUCAAUCACAGGAACAAUUUCAACUAAUGGAAAAGAUAGAGAAAAAUCAUCUUUCAGUGAUGGAGCCUCAAGCAGCAACACCCUCAUCAGUCAAGUUUCCCCCGGACUCUGAGGCCACCUACAGCAAUGUUCAGGACUUUUCCACUCAGAAGAACCAACUUACAGAAGAGGAAGAAGAGGGGGCACCGUAUAUAAACUUGAUUGCAGGAAAAUAAGAUAACUCUCUUGGAAGGUGAUCCUUUGAUCUUCCUCUGCUCAGUGGAAGGAGGCUACACAGAGAAGAUCUUCCAUUUCUACAAGGAUGGGAUGGAGAUCAUCUCCCAGGGAAAAAGGUCCUCUGGAAGCCUCCAGUGAACCCACAGAUCAUGUUC